AUGAAGCUCUCUGUCAGAACCAGCAACGAAAACACCCUCUCCUUGACGGUCCCCGACAACGCCACCGUCGAGGACUUGAAGAUCGCCGCCAUCGUGGCCCUGCCGCCCGCCACGCGGGGGGCCCCCCACCUCACGCCAAGCUGCAUCAACCUGUGGUACAGCGGCCACAAGCUGGACUACUCCAAGCCGCUCCGCUCGUACAACAUCACGCCGGACUCGGUGGUCGCCAACCCAAACCUGGUGGUGUACCUCACGUUGGACGUCACGUCGAGCGAGGGCAGCGGCGACGGCAGCCCCACCAUGCCCGUGUCCCCGCAGGUGUUGGCGGCUGCCGCCACCGCAGUGGCCAGUCUCGCCUCCGCCGGUCCCGCCGACUCCGCCAUCCUGGACGACAACGAGGAGGCCGACCAGGACGACCUCCUCCUGCAGCAGCAGAAGAAGACGAAAAAGUCCAAGUCCAAGUCCAAGUCGAGAUCUAAGUCCAAGUCGAAAAAGUGCACCUUCUCCAACUGCACCUCGGCGCCUCUCAGAAUGGUGGGCGACUGCCAGUUCUGCCAGGGCAAGUUCUGCUCCAAACACAGACUCCUCGAGAGCCACAACUGCAAGGGCUUGAAGAUCUGCAAGGACAAGUGCUACGAGCGCAACGCGCUCAAGUUGCAGUCCGAACAGACCGUUGCCUCAAAAGUCUAA